AGACCAACAACUCCACACCUCCACCCCUCAAGCUCUCUCUCUCCCUCCUCAAAAACCUCCCCUUUCUCCAUCACACGUACCCCAAACCCAAACCCUCUUCUUCUUCUUCUUCUUCUUCUUCUUAUUCCUCUCUCUCUGUGUGUCUUCUCUGUAUCUUCUAAUUCCUUCGUCCAUGGCGGAAGAGACCCAGAAGCCCGCCGCCGCUGCCGAGGAGGUCGUGGUCGUGCCCGACGUGGCUCCUGCGGAGAAAGCCGCCGCCGCCGCCGCCGCCGCCGCCGCCGAGAAGGAGCUGCCACCCGCGCCCGAGCCAGAGGAGGCCCCCGAGAAGCCCGCCGCGGCGGCCCCCGAGGAGGAGUCCGCCCCGGCCGCGGAGGAAGGGGAGGAGAAGCCCAAGGCGGCCGAGGAGGAGAAGGUCGCCGAGAAGGUCGUCGAGCCCGUGACCUAUAAGGAGAGCAACGUGUACGCGGAGCUCCCCGAGCCGCAGAAGAAGGCCCUCGACGAGCUCAAGCAGCUGAUCCAGGAGGCUCUCAACAAGCACGAGCUCACCGCUCCUCCGCCGCCGCCCCCCGCGCCGGCGGCCAAGGAAGAGGAGAAGAAGGAGGUCGAGGAGGAGAAGAAGGAGGCCGAGGAGGCCAAGGCUGAGGAGAAGCCGGCGGAGCCGGAGCCGGAGCCGAAGCCGGAGCCGGCUGCUGCUGCUGAAGAGCCUCCGAAGGCCGAGGCCGACGCGCCGCCCCCGCCUGCGGUUGAGGAGAAGGUGGAAGAGGCUGCUCCUGCUGCGACUCCGACGGAAGAGAUGGCGGUGGUCGUCGAGGUGGUGGAAAAACUGAGGGCGGAGGUCGAUGAGGACGGAGCCAAGACCGUCGAGGUCGACAAGGAGACGAUCGUGGAAGUUGCUGCUUCGGCUCCUGUGGCCGAGCCCGAGCCUGUCAAAGAAGCGGAGCCCGCUACGGAGGCAGCCGGGCCGCCCAAGGAGGAAGCCGAUUCUACCCCGCCACCUCCGCCGGAGGAAGUGUCCAUCUGGGGAAUUCCCCUCCUGGCGGACGAAAAGAGCGACGUCAUCCUGCUCAAGUUCCUGAGGGCCAGGGACUUCAAGGUGAAGGACGCCUUCGCGAUGAUCAAGAACACAGUCCGCUGGAGGAAGGAGUUCGGGAUCGAGGCCAUCCUCGAGGAAGAGCUCGGAUCCGAGCUCGACAAGGUCGUGUUCACGCACGGGUUCGACACCGAGGGCCACCCUGUCUGCUACAACGUGUACGGGGAGUUCCAGAAGAAGGAUCUGUACCAGAGCGCUUUCGCUGAUGAAGAGAAGCGCAAGAAGUUCUUGAAGUGGAGGAUUCAGUUCCUGGAGAAGAGCAUCAGGAAGUUCGACUUCAGCCCCACAGGUGUUUGCACUAUAGUCCAAGUGAACGAUCUCAAGAAUUCACCUGGACCUGCCAAAAGAGAGCUGAGGCAGGCCACCAGCCAGGCCCUCCAGCUGCUUCAGGACAAUUACCCUGAGUUCGUGGCCAAGCAGGUGUUCAUAAAUGUUCCAUGGUGGUAUUUGGUCUUCAACAGGAUGAUCAGUCCCUUCCUGACUCAGCGAACCAAGAGCAAGUUUGUGGUUUCUAGAACUGCUGAGAUUCUUUUCAAAUACAUAGCCCCUGAACAAGUCCCGGUGCAGUACGGUGGGCUGAGUAGGGAGGGCGAGCAUGAGUUCACCACUGCCGAUGCUGCUACCGACAUCACUAUCAAGCCGUACUCCAAGCACACUGUCGAGUUCCCAGUCACUGAGAAAUGCCUUCUUGUAUGGGAAACUCGGGUCGUCGGUUGGGACGUCGUAUAUGGAGCUGAGUUCGUGCCGAGCACAGAAGGCGCCUACACUGUUAUUGUGCAGAAGACAAGGAAGGUCGCCCCUGCUGACGAAACAAUAAUCAGUGAGACCUUCAAAGGCGGAGAGCCCGGCAAGAUUGUUCUCACCAUUGAUAACCAAUCCUCCAAGAAGAAGAAGCUCCUCUACAGGUCCAAGACAAAAGCCUAUUCUGACUGAACUGCAGAUUGAAAAUGAAUCCCAUGCUCAAUCAUCAUCUACAACUGCAGUGGCAAAAGAAGGGGGGUUGGGGGUCCCUUUCUUCCUAAACCAGUCCUUCCAUGGUCAUUCACUUUGUCUGAAAUCAUAAUUUAAUUUCCUAUAUUUCGUGUCUGGGGAUUUUUUUUUUCCUUCCAAAUUUCCUUAUUUAUUUCAUACGUUGUAAGGUUCUAGUUUUGGGGAUUUGGUGGUUCUUGGUAUUGGAAUGCACAUACCUUCCUGCUGAAUUGGGGGAGCAUUUGAGGUUUUGUGUCAUCAUUUAUGUAAAGGGAUGGUAAUGUUUUGUUGGCUGUGAAUAGACUCUGUUCUUGUUCAUGAUACUCUCUUUGUAUAAAUGGUGUAAAUUUUAUGGGUCUCUUCGUUU